ACGCGCUAUCAUUUAACUUGGAAAUUUAAAAUAGUUUUUUACAGUGUGUAGUGACGUCGCGCUGUGAGGUUGCAUACGUGUUUACUAUGGACGGCACGUGCGUUUUAUCGUUUAUUUUAUGAACGGAUUAUGACGUUUAGUGAUUUUUAUUUUGUGGAAAAGGGUUGACGAUUUUAUUGAGCAAUCAUUAAGGCUUGAUCAUCCGAACUGUGUGGUCGUGUUUUUUUUUUACAAUUGGCAUAACAAUGAUUAAUUAUAAUAAUUGUGCAUAAGUGUAUUCUAGUACCUUCAUAUUACCCAGUUUACUCAUCGCUUCAAAAUGUUCUUAAGUUUCGAGCCAACAAAGUCCACAAAAGGCGCCAGCAAGAUGCGGCGCGACCUGAUCAACGCGGAGAUCUCCAACCUGCGCGACCUGCUGCCGCUGCCGCCCUCCACCCGCCAGCGCCUGUCGCAGCUGCAGCUCAUGGCCCUCGUCUGUGUCUACGUGCGGAAGAUGAACUACUUCCAACAAGUGUUUAAAAGUCACGACUUCAGCUAUGAGUAUCAAGAGCAGGCUACACCAACACCUAAUAUUGGAUUUUCAAAGGCAAUGAACGGCUUUAUGAUGAUGAUGACACAAAACGGGAAAUUGUUGUACAUAUCGGAAAAUGCAGCGGAGUACCUGGGACACUCUAUGGAAGAUUUAUUAAUACACGGGGAUAGCGUAUACGACAUUAUAGAUAGACAAGAUCACCAGACUGUUCAAACUGAACUGAAUAGAGGGAACAAUGGAGAGACUGAAAACGUACCAAAGAAUAGGCAUUUCUUCUGUAGAAUGAACGUUUCAAGAAACGCGAGAAGACAAAUGAGAUUUGGAGAUCAAAAAGUAGCAUUAGUGCGAGGGCACUUCGUGUCGUACCUGCCGCUGUGCAGCCGCAACGAGCCGGUGUUCCUGGCGGCGUGCACGCCGCUCGCCAUGCCCGAGACGCGCGAGUGCGUCGUGCACGGCGCCACCAACGUCUUCACCACGCUGCACACCAUGGACAUGAAGAUACUGCACAUCGACGCCAAUGGCGAAUGGUACUUAGGCUGGAAGAAAUCAGAAUUAGUUGACGUUUCGUGGUAUCAGCUACUACACUGGGACAGUUUACGAGAAGCACAAAGUAAACAUAGACUAAUAACCCAAUCGGAGCAGGACAAAUGCUGCAUCCUGCUGGUGAAGCUGCAGCAGCGCAGCGGGCAGUUCCUGUGGACGCACACCGUGCUGCAGGUCAAGGACGCCGCCGACGCCCCGAGGCAGUUCAUCGUCGCCACUAACCAGGUGUUAAGUGAAGAGGAAGCUUCGAUAAUGCUUGCAAACUCGUGGCUAUACCAAUACUACGGCUACCAGAACCAACCCUGCGGAGUCUUAGACCCCAGGUGCCAAAAGUUCUUUAGAAGAGAGAACACAUAUCAGGACGCGUAUCAAGAAGCCUACCCUUAUGUAGAAAACCAAGAAGUGGAGUAUCCAGGGUAUCACGUCUCCUCAUACGUGCCGCAGAAGAUGGUUGAAGAUUUCAGUGGCUGUGAGAGGGCAUAUUCAGAAAGAGGGCCAGUUGACUAUUCUACUCACUCCCCGCAGUCUACGAUAAGUGAAGAAAGAUCUCCCCUCCACUACGACCCUUCGCCGGAGAUCGUGGUGAACAGCAAUAUGUACACGUACCCGCACCCCGGCAAGCGAGAGUAUUACGAGCAGUACCCCCGAGUCGGCUACCACGUGCAGGAGCCGUGCACGAGUACUGCUAUAGAAGGCAUGGAAUAUCCCAGUCCAAAGCGGAUGCGUCUUGCUCCCCUGGCCUUGGACACGGACGGCAUGGACCGGUGGAACCCCAGCCCGCCCUGGUCCGACACCCUCAAAGCCCCAGAGUACCAGCGCUUCAGCUACAACCACGUCGUGCCACCCGAACGGGCCAUGGUCACUUAAGUCUAGCCAAGUCUAAGCUUAGCUCUUAAUAUGUUAUAAGUAAAUAGGUGUGAGGAUUAAAACAGUGUUUAACAAUUGAAAAGAAGUCAAAGGCCUCGAUUUUAUGUAAAACCUCGUCGCAGUCACAGCCCUUAUAGGGGCCGUCCAUUUUUGUGGAACAAAUAUAAUGUCUAUUUUUUUUAUAUCAACUUGUAUUUUCAUCUAAUGUAAUGACCCGAACUUUAAAAUUUUUCAAUGUCCAAAUGCGAAUUGCAUUUAUGUUUUUCUGUGCAUUUGAAGGUUGAUAAUAAAACAUAAAAUAUUAAACACACGUAACGUACCGUACGAAAAGAAUAUAGGUAAAAUAAAACAGAGCUUAUUGAGGGAAAUACACAUUUUUAAAUAAGGUUUUAAGCAUUUUUUGCGGUAUUAAACUGCCAAUCCAUACAUAUCUGAAAAAAUGUAACAGGCAUAUUUUACAAAAAAUGUAACGUAGGUACCUACUUAUCGAUUUUUUAAAAAUGUUGUCUGCACUUACACUUUAUAGUGCAAAACAAAUGUGCAAUCUCAGUUUUACCUUCGAUCAAUCGAAGUUAAAUAAACAGUAUUUUAUGUAUUUAUUAAUAUUUAAAUAGUAGAAAAUCUUCAUAAAUGUAAGGUAAGCAUUUAUUAUAGCGUAAGCAAUGGAAAUGGUUCCGUCCAAAUAUCUGUGCAUUCCAAAGGAAAAUUUAGUUAUUGUAUUUUGUAAAUAUGUUACGUUAUUUAAACAACUAUUUUGUACAUAUCCAAUCGUAGAUAGUAAAUAAGUUAUGUAAAAUAUCGUAUGAUAAUAUUAAGAAAAUAAAAUUAAAAAAAUUGAAU